CUGCGGACGUCAAUCAUGCGCGGACUUACGUCGUUUUCCUGACACGACACUUCUGUGUGAUUGGUCCAACUGCGGCUGAGAGGCGGGCACUUGAGUGCCCAUCCUGAAAUCCCAUUGGACGAGAGGAGCCUUGGUCGACGUGACGCAAUUAGGAAUUCCCAAAGUUCCCAAGUUCACAGGGAGAGAGGAGUGUUGUUCACAAUAAAAAACUAAUCGUGUUGAAGGACAAAAUACAACGACAGAAGUAUAAGCAAGUUGGAAUACCUUAAAGCUGUAUCUGCACCGCGCCGUGCCCAGUUCAGCCUGCAGGGGGCGAUGUCUGACAACAGCAACAGCACCGGCAGCAGCGGCUCGUCCACCAACAGCUGGACCCUCCUGUCCCCAGAGGAGGCUGCUGUUGAGAGCGUCGGGCCCGUGGAUGAUGGCACCGAGAGCCUGGGCGACGUCCCCAGUCUGUCUGAGGAGGUGGCAGGAGCCGCCGUGGAGUUCAAACCGAGCGACAUUCCAGUAGAAACUGUCCUGUCCGAGGAAGGUCACCAGGUCAGUGCGAUUUGUCAAGAGACAUCUCCAGGGUCCAGUGAGGGUCCCGUUCCAUCUAGUCCAGGCCGGUUGAGCCCUCUCUCACCCAUCCCUCUUGACCCUCUGGACUUUGACCAGGAGAGCCAGCCUCCUGUCAUCCAUGAUAUCGACACCAGUUCCCCUAGCGACAACGAUAUGCUGGGAGCCGUGCCGUUUGUCACCAAUAUCGAUUUGGGGAUUCCGCUUGAUAUCCCUCCUAUUGAGCUCCCCCCAGCUGAGCCCGAGGUGCUGAGCUCUGAGCUACUUGUGUCUCCAGAACCAGUCCUCGACGCACAUAUCGGCCCCAUCUCUGCAGCAGAGGGAAGUCCAGAGUUUAACAUCCCCACAGAGACCCUUACAGCCACUCUUUCUCCCUCUCAUGUUGAACCUGAUAUCAGAUUUGUACCAGAAAGUAGAAGUCCAGACUCAGAGAACUUGGUGACAGAACACCCCAUUGGUGAAAGUCCUGUACCAGAGGCCAUUGGGUCCAUAGAUGCUCAGGAGGAGGAAAGAGAGCCAUCGGUGACAAUGUCCCAGGAUGAGAGAGAGGAGGAAGAACCAUCCACCAGUUUUGAUCUGGAUGAUACGAGCAGCUUUGAUGACGGUCUGAGGAGGAGGAAUGUGCCCUCGUUUGAGGCACCGCGAUCAAGGACGUCAGAUGAGGAAGACGAGGAAGAGGAAGUAGAGUUUAAGCUGGCCGAGAAGAAAGAGGAAAAGCCCUGGUUCUCCUUGAACAAAUGCAUUGUGGGAGCUCUGAUCCUGCUCUUCUUAGGUUCCCUCUUUCUGUCAGGUUUCCUCUCUGACCUGGAUAAUGGCGACUUUGACGCGUCUGAGCUCGAUGGAGAACAAAGCCAGGACUGGCUUAGUGCUGAUCCACAGGAUAUGAAAGCAUUAUUGGAUAAACUGACACAGGAAAACCAACAGAUCGCUCUGCUAGAGGCUCAGCUUCAGUCUCAAAAAGAAGAACUGGACUCCGCAUUAAAGGCCUUAGCGGCAAAUGGCGAUGAAAGGGUUAAAGCGGAUCUGGAACAAGAAAAUACAAAUUUGAAGGAGGAGCUGUCGUCUUUGCCUGAGCUGAAGAAAGAGCUGGAAAAUCUGAGGGCCAGGGUGACUGAGCUCAGCCAGCUCACAGUCAAAGCUCAUCAGGAAAUUCCUCCAGCUACACCAAGUUCAGCCCCACAGCCUGAUGACAAAACCAGUCAGAGUAUUCAGAAAUCAGCCGAACCUGAGAGGAGAAAGGGCAAAGAGGAGGAAGGCAGCCUGAAGGAGGAACUCCAGAGACAGAAAGGCCUGCUGGAAGAGAGCAGGAAGAGACUGGAAGGGAUGAAAAAACAUGGAGGUGACAGGAAACGUGUCAGAGAUAGUCUGCAGGAAAUCCAGAGGAAGCUCUCUGAACAAGUAGAGAGGUGGGGGAAGAAGAAGAAGAAGCCGCAGGAGACCAAAUGGAAAGGGAACAAAGGCAAGGAGAAGAAAGAGGGGAGACGAGAGAAGGAGUGGAAGCACGGCAAAGAGGGAGGAUUGAAGGACAAGGAGGAGAAGGAGUGGAAGUCUCAGAAGCCCAACUCCCACAAGGAGGCCUGGAGGAAACACCAGGACGAGUGGGAACGGAAGAAGGAUGAGCGCAGAGCAGACCGAGAAGAGAGGAGGAAGGAGAAGCCCUGGCACAGCGGCUCUGCUGAGAGCUCCCACAGCCAUCAUCAUCAUCAGCAGCAUCAUCAUCAGCAUCGCCAGCCUCAUCAACGCAGCCACCACGACUUCUGGAGAGACCAGGAGCAGAAGCUCCAGCGCAACAUCCGCCCCCAGCCGGGCUGCGGCUCCGUGGACGCCUGCGCCGCCCGGGAGGGGCUGUACCCGGUGGAGCUGCCCGAGUUCGAGGAGCUGCUGGAGGGCUACCUGAGCAAGCUGGAGGGCUCCCCCGCCGGCAGCAAGGACAGGAUCCGGAAGCUGACGGCCGACUUCUUCGAGAGCGGCGUGUUCAUCCACGACAGGGUGCGCUUCAGCGACUUCGCCGAGGACGUCGCGGACAUUCUGGAGGACAUGGUGGACGUGGUGGAGGGCAACGGUCAGAAGGAGGACGACUCCCUGGAGGAGGAAAUGGAGGAGUUUGAGCGAGAGGCCCUGUGGAAGUUUGCUAACACGGCCUAAGAGGGAGGAAGGGCAAGAAAUGUAACAGUACACUAUGAGACCUGUGGUCGUUGCAUAGGACAGAUCCUCCUCAGAGCUCUAACUGUAGUAGCUUCCUGUACAGAGUAGUCGUGCCUCAUAAACGUGUCCCAGAGUCUUUCAUUCUACGCUAGACUUGUACCAUCUUGGACUUAGCCGUCGUUACCUACCUCUGUCAGGUCAGGCCUCCUAAUGAAGUCCCUCAGUAACGUGUUGUGUUGAUUUCCCCGGCUACACAGUGUUUUCUUAACAUACGUAGUGCAUGUUGCAGCUCAUUAUGUAAAUUCAGACUCGCACAAAACAUUUAGCAGAUUCUCAAAGGUUCUGUCGGAGCCGGUGCAUUGUGGGUAAAUCUGUUCAAAUCACACAGUAUUGAAUGCAGAAAAUGAAGGAAUGUUACAUUUACUGUACUCGUAUUUAAUAUUUUCCUCCCUUUUCCUUUGCGAAUGCCACGCGCUCCACUUUGGAUGUAGCAGAGGCCGGAGGAUGAGAUGCAGCUUCUCUCAGCGAUAAGAUCUGGGAUCAGGUCACGCCCGUCUCAUAUCAGCUGCUGUCUUAGAGGCCUUUGUGUUUGGCUUCCAGCGUCAACUGUCAGUUGGCAGCAGAUGUGUGGAACAAGCAGGAACCAGUUUGACGGGACAGUGAUAUUUAUACACUGUAUGCAGCCAUUGUUAAGUGGAAACGCUAAGCUAAUAGCGUUUGUCCCAAACAUUCACUUUUACUAGUCUCUGUUUUUAUUUCUGUGUUUUGAAUCCAAGGGGACCUCCAACACAUGAUCUACAUAUACUGGGUAUCCCAGAGUGAGAGUAAAGUCCAGAGAGUGAUCUACAGUACAGCACCCCAAGUUUAGCAAAUGUUAUAGAUUUGUAAAUUAGCUUAAAAGAGACUGACCACACAGUUUUCCUCUUAUUUAGUUGAGGAUAAAGAAAAGAGCAGCUGUAUUUCUUUUAGUUGAAUAAGCUACUGUCGGUACAGAGCGAAGUCUGGGAAAACAUAAUAUUGUUUUCUAGGUUUUGAUCCUGCUAAUAUCCGUGGGUGGACGUGAAGUUAAAAACACCAGAGUGUGACUGUUAGUUUUCAUUAUUCAAAUUAAAAAGAAGCGUUGAAGUGUCUCAUGUAUAUUUAUUGUUGCCACAUUAUAGAGCCACAGGUUAACACACUGAAUGUGAAGAUGAAGGUUUCACCUGUUUUUGAUUUCCUGACAUGUAGUUUGCUCAGCUACUGCUUAUGUGCCUUUACCACAAAUAAAUAGAUUGAACAACGGCCUGA